AUGGCCAGCCAAGACCUUGCCAGCGCUCAGGAGCUCCUGGACCUCACCUUCCAAUCUCUGGCCUGCAAGCACAUGGACCUCAAGCAGCUGGAGCUGGACACGGCCGCGGCCAAAGUGGACGAGCUCUCCAAGCAGCUGGAGUCGCUCUGGACAGACCAUCCUGGGCCGCCCAUUGUGCCAUCCUUGGUGGUGGACAGGUACCGUUCCAGCUCCUCCCCAGACCUGCUGAAGAUGGAGGCCCGGGCUGCCUCCCCCCUGCACCAGCUGCCGCUGCGGAAGAGCCCCACCUGGGACAUUGCUGAGCCCAGUGGCCCCCCCAGCAUGUCCCCCUACAGCUCCUCGCCCAGCCAGCUCCUGGCCCCCAAUCGGACGUGGACUGGAGCCCCACAGCACCCUCCAGGCCCAAGGUCAUGGCCAUCCCUUACGAGGGCCCAUCUGGCCCCGGGGCCCAUGGUGGCUCCCCCCGCUCCCUCCGAACGGCCGGCCUUCCUGAGCGCCAACGACCUGGUGAUCCGCAGGAGACCGCCGAAAAGCUGGAAUGAAUCGGAUCUGGAUGUGGCAUAUGAGAAGAAGGCGCCUCACCCUGUUGGCUACGAGCCUCUGGCCUGCAAGCACAUGGACCUCAAGCAGCUGGAGCUGGACACGGCCGCAGCCAAAGUGGACGAGCUCUCCAAGCAGCUGGAGUCGCUCUGGACAGACCAUCCUGGGCCGCCCAUUGUGCCAUCCUUGGUGGUGGACAGGUACCGUUCCAGCUCCUCCCCAGACCUGCUGAAGAUGGAGGCCCGGGCUGCCUCCCCCCUGCACCAGCUGCCGCUGCGGAAGAGCCCCACCUGGGACAUUGCUGAGCCCAGUGGCCCCCCCAGCAUGUCCCCCUACAGCUCCUCACCCAGCCAGCUCCUGGCCCCCAAGCCCACCCUGGGACGCCCCUCCUCCCCACGGCCUUCCUUCUUCCUGCAGUCGGACGUGGACUGGAGCCCCACAGCACCCUCCAGGCCCAAGGUCAUGGCCAUCCCUUACGAGGGCCCAUCUGGCCCCGGGGCCCAUGGUGGCUCCCCCCGCUCCCUCCGAACGGCCGGCCUUCCUGAGCGCCAGUUUGACUACCGGCCAUUUCCUGCCACCGGCGGGUGGGGGGGCCGGGCCGGCUCUCCACGGCUGCCUGGGGAAGGCUCCAUCUCCCAAGCCUUCUUCCCAGAGCGAGGACCUUCUCCGCGGCCCCCUCUCCCACCCCCCUACGAGAGCCACAGCCUAUAUCCUUCGGCGCCAGGCUCCUUCCGGGCACAAGACGACCUGGUGAUCCGCAGGAGACCGCCGAAAAGCUGGAAUGAAUCGGAUCUGGAUGUGGCAUAUGAGAAGAAGGCGCCUCACCCUGUUGGCUACGAGCGAGUGGAUGCGCACGCAAGCCUUCGCCAGAACCCGGCUGGGCUGCCCCCGGCUCCCUGGAAGGAGUCCAGCCUAGAUGGCGGCUGGCCAGGCAAGGAGGAGCAUUAUGGGAUGCACAGCGCCACCUUGCCCAGGAACUACAAGGUCUCGGCCCUGGCUGGCGAGAGGCGCCCGGACAGCUCCUUGCGCCGCUCCCUGGUGGCCAACCAGGCGGGCACCCUGCCCCGCAACUGGCAGCCCAUCUCCCGCAUCCCCAUCCCCCCGCCCGCCCUGCAGGGGGGCAGCCUCCCCAGGCGCCACAAGCCGCUGCCCCUCUCCAUGAUCUUCCGGCUGCAGAACGCCUUCUGGGAGUCGGGCGCGGCAGGCGGCAAACUCGGGCUGCCCCCGGGGCCGGUGGGGUCGCCGCUGGGAUCGCCGCUGGCCCUGCGCUCCUUGCAGAAGCUGCUGAUGCAACCGCCGGCAGCCCCCCUGCAGCCCUCCCACUGGACGAUGGGGCCCAGCAGCGAAGGCAGUGGCAGCCCCAGGGCCCCCGCGGGGCCAACCGAGCGCAUCGUGCCCAUCGUCCUGAUGCCUGGCGACGCAGAGGCUGAGCUGGAGAAUCUCCUGCCGGGCAGCGAGCCGGCCGAGAUGGACGACCUGGCCCGGCCCCUCAGCCCCACCCGGCUGCAGCCGGUCCUCCCGCCCGAGGCCCAGAAGGUGCCCGAGUUUGAGGAAGUGGCCCGGGUGCUGGCGGAGAUGCCUCGGCCCCUGAAGCGGCGAGGGUCCAUGGAGCAGAACCCCAGCCCGGCCCUGCUGCCCCCCCACAAGAAGCAGUACCAGCAGAUCAUCAGCCGCCUGUUCCACCACCCGCCCCGCAAGGAGGAGACUACGCCCGUGGGGGACCCCCCACUCCUGGGGGACCUCUCGCCCGUCCCUGAGGCUGCGGAGCAGAAGGGGGCCCCGGCCACCCCCAGCCCUGCGAUGACCCCUCCACCGGCGCCAGAGAGUCCGGCCACUCUCUCUCCAGUGCCCAGCCCGGAGAAGCGUUCGGUGCUGCGCAAGGUUUCUUCCCCCCGGAAAUGGACGACCAAGAAAGCACGGCUCAACCCCUUGGUGCUGCUGCUGGACGCGGCCCUGACCGGAGAGCUGGAUGUGGUCAAGGAGGCGGUGAAGGAGCUGAACGACCCGAGCCAGCCGAAUGAUGAGGGCAUCACCGCCCUGCACAAUGCCAUCUGUGGGGCCAACUACAGCAUCGUGGACUUCCUGAUCAAUAUUGGGGCCAACGUCAAUUCUCCAGACAGCCACGGCUGGACCCCCCUGCACUGCGCAGCUUCUUGCAACGACACGGCCAUUUGCAUCGCUCUGGUGAAACACGGGGCUGCCAUCUUUGCCUCCACGUUCAGCGACGGGAGCCUGGCCAUUGAGAAGUGCGACCCAUACCGCGAGGGCUACAACGAGUGCUUCAGCUACCUGGCAGAUAUGGAGCAGAAUAUGGGGCUGAUGAAUAAUGGGGUGGUCUAUGCCCUGUGGGACUACAGUGCCGAAUUCAGCGAUGAGCUCUCCUUCCGCGAGGGCGAGCCGGUCACCGUGCUGCGCCGGGAUGGCCCGGAGGAGCUGGACUGGUGGUGGGCCUCUCUCUACGGCCAGGAGGGCUACGUGCCCAAGAAUUACUUUGGGCUGUUCCCCAGGGUGAGGCCGCAGCAGCGGAAGACGUAAAGGUCCACUGAGGCUGUCGGAAGGGCAGAGCGAGAGCCCAGCGGUGGGACUGGCCUCUGUGCACGUGGAGGGGCCAGGCACAGGGGAGGGGGCUCUUUCUCUGAUUCUGCUGGCCACCCUCCACUUUCAGAAGAGCACAAAUGAAAGGGAGGGGGUGGCAUUUGACCCUGCCAUACAUCCCCCUCCC